AGCAAUGACAAGAUUCACAGCAAACUAAAGCUUAAUCCACUUUGGUACUAAGCCAUGGCUACUUCUUCACAACCAUUGUUAGACACUCCGAAAACAAAAUCCUCCCCUUCUAAAGCUCUCUAUGUUCUUCUCUCCUUAGCUGCUAUUGUGGGCUCAGUUGGAUUAAUUUCAAUCUGGGCUAUCAAUGGCAGCAGCCCAUCUCUUUCCUUGACAGCCCAUGUUUGUGAUCAGGCCCAUGAUCAGCCAUCUUGCUUGGCCACGGUGUCUGAGGUUGCACCUGCUGGUAUGAUAGAUACCACCACAGUGGAUUUGUUACAGAUGGUUUUGCAUAAAUCAUCGUUAAAAAUCCACGAGACGAUCGAUUUAGUGAGCAAUGUGAACGGUCGGAUUAAUAAUGACAACGAGCAAGCAGCUGUAGCAGAUUGUCUAGAGUUAAUGGAUUUGUCAAGGGACAGAUUAAUGGACUCCAUGAUGUCACUUGGGAACCUAUCGGCCCAGGCCCAUUUUGAUGUCCAUACAUGGCUAAGUAGCAUUCUCACCAACCAUGGUACAUGCAUGGAUGGGCUAAGUGGUCAGGCCCAGUCCAUUAUGAAGCCCAUGUUGAAGGAUUUAAUAGCAAGUGCAAAGACUUCCUUGGCCUUGAUGGUUAAAAUGACACCAUCUAAUACCAUGGAUCUUCCAUCAGUUACUGAUGGAUUACCCACAUGGGUUACUAUUAAUGAUAGAAGGCUUUUGCAACUUUCUGCAAAUGCCAUAACAGCCAAUGUUGUAGUGGCUAAAGAUGGUAGCGGAAAAUUCAAGACAAUAAAGGAAGCAGUUGCAUCUGCUCCAGAUAAUAGCAAGACUCGUUAUGUUAUAUAUGUGAAAAAAGGAAUAUACAAAGAGAAUGUUGAGAUUGGGAAAAAGAAGAAGAAUGUGAUGCUUGUUGGUGAUGGUAUGGAUGCUACUAUUAUCACUGGCAACUUGAAUGUUGUCGAUGGUGCAACAACCUUCAACUCUGCAACUGUUGCUGCUGUUGGGGAUGGAUUCAUAGCCCAAGAUCUACAGUUUCAAAACACAGCAGGAGCAGCAAAGCACCAAGCAGUAGCGCUUCGUGUUGGAGCAGAUCAAUCAGUCAUCAAUCGUUGCAAAAUAGAUGCAUUUCAAGACACCCUCUAUACCCACAGCCUCCGUCAAUUCUACAGAGAUUGUUACAUCACUGGCACUGUUGAUUUCAUCUUUGGUAAUGCUGCAGUUGUCUUCCAGAACUCCAAAAUCGCAGCUCGAAAGCCUGGAACCGGACAAAAGAACAUGGUUACAGCCCAAGGUCGUGAAGAUCCAAACCAAAAUACAGGAACUUCAAUCCAGAACUGUGAUAUUAUAGCUAGCUCAGACCUUGCACCAGUGAAAGGGUCCGUUAAGACAUAUUUGGGACGUCCGUGGAAAGCGUACUCGCGAACUGUAUUUAUGCAGUCCAAUAUUGGAGACCAUAUUGAUCCAGAAGGUUGGUCAGUAUGGGAUGGUGAUUUUGCCUUGAAAACAUUGUAUUAUGGUGAGUACAUGAACAGAGGGCCUGGAGCUGGAACUAGUAAAAGAGUGAAGUGGCCUGGUUAUCAUAUUUUAAGUGCAUCAGAGGCGACGAAAUUCACAGUGGGUCAGCUAAUUCAAGGAGGAGUAUGGUUGAAAUCUACUGGUGUGGCUUACACUGAGGGCUUGUGAGAAACCUGUUUAAUUAAUCUGCCUAUCAUGUAGUGAAGUUCUAGUAUAUGUUUCGGUUGCUGGUUGUCAGCCUGUCUCGUAAUAAUAUGAUGCCGAGUUUACUGUGAA